AUGUAUCGACCGUCGACGCACCUGAGAAGAGGGAUGUCAGUCAGAUUGACUUGUGCGCCUCAGGUGAAGCCAGCAGAACCCUGGCUGUGGCAUCAGCUGUUCGAGAAGGAGAGGCAGAACGAUGGCUGGGCGGGUGUCGACUGCGACGUCCAGGAGCCAGAAAGCGGGGCGCUCCGCAAGGCUGAGGAAUUACUCAGCACUGGCCCUGGCCCAGAACUCCCGAUGAAGCUCCUGUUCCGCUUGCGCAGGUACUUGGCACAGAGGAGAAUGCCAAGCCUUCCGGAUGCGCUUCGAUGUGCAGCAGACCACGGGCAUCAGGUGGUUCUGGAGCUUUUGCUGCAUCUCCGUGCCGAUCCAAACGUUCCCGCCGACAGUGGCGCCCACGGCGUCGGUUUUACACAGGUGGGAGCAUACCCGUUGCAUCUGGCCGCAAAACGUGGCCGCCUCGAGGUGAUGGAGGUGUUGCUGAAAGCCGGAGCCUGCAUAGAUGCGGCCGACCAAAACGGGCGGACGGGGCUUAUGGUGGCAGCGGCCAGUGGACAGCAUUCUGCCAUCCUCUGGCUGCUUUGCCAUCGAGCCGCAGCGGAUAGCAGCACUCACUACGGCUACACAGCCUUGCACUAUGCCGCCCUCGUUCCGAGGCCUGAGGUAGUCCACGCCUUGUUAGAGGGCCGUGCGAGCUCGAAUGUGGUGGACCGUGAAGGUCGCAGUGCUUUGCACGCAGCUCUUUCCACGCUGCCCAGAGCACGUACCGAGGGUGCCGCCGUGUCCACAAGCUGUGAUCCGUCAGGCAUUGGCGAUGAGUAUUGCUAUGAGAAUGACAUCUCUCAUGGCUACCGAAGGAAGGAGCAGGAGGAGGCGCAAGUCCAGGCCGUCCAAACUGCCGUGACGGCUCUGAUGCGCCACGGAGCCGAUGCGGAGCUGCGAGACGGUUCCGGCCGCUCCGCCAUCGACGUGGUUCAGGACAAGCGUCGGGCUGACCUCGCGGUGUGGCUCCGGAAGCUGUCGGAUCCUGCCUGCGAAGGUUUCAAAGCAGACCUCGGCCUCGUGCCCCUCAUGGCAGCGCCAAUGUGCGCUGCAAGCGCGGCUCGCCGGACUCGGCAUGGAUCGUCGCAACGCGCAAGCCGGCAUGCCCAAAGUCUCGGCAUGCUUGGCCUUCUGCUCACUCUGCCCAGAGAGACCUCGGCCUCGGGCGUUGGAGCCUUGAGCUUCGUUCCCGUCGCUGUCACCGAGCAUUGCGAGAAGGGGGAGUGGUGUGCUCUUCCUGAUAACUUUUUGUCCGCCCACGAAGCCUUCGAGUUCGCACUUCUUCGCAUCAACGAAAUGCGGCAAAAGUGCUAUGGCUUCACAUUGGCACCUGUAAGACGACAAGAUUACAUGGUGGCGGGAACCCUCCGGAAAGACAUGGAUGGCUAUUCCCUCUACCAUCUGCGUCUGAAUUCAACGAAUCAAUUCGUUCCGACCAAAGUAGAUGUGGAAGUGGCUCACUUACAUCGCAUCACCGAUCUCUCCAUCUUCCAGGUCACGAAAGUCGAGCCACAAGCUUGCAACCUUUUCAGUGCAGCCGACGAUGCUGAACUCCUCAUUCCGACAAGUUGGCAAGAAGCCAAGGAAGCAGCUGAGACUGCGAGGAAGGUCUUCAAUGAGCAGAUCAAGACGUUCUGCCCGGAGAAGCGGCCUUUGCAGAUCCUCCGCAUCCUGGCCGCGGCGCGGCAGCCGGUGGAGGGCAAGGUGUUGAGAUUGCAGUUGGAGCUGCGACAGGAAGAGGAGAACUUCGGUGGCUCUUUCGAAGAGCAGGUCCUGGUUUCCUAUGCCCUGGACCAUCACGUGCCAGAGGAGAUGUCACUGGUACCCGAGGUCUAUGCAGGUCGGUACCCAUGCAGGAUGGGACAACAAGAAGAUGAGCAAACUGCCCUGGACUUCUUCAAGUCCAGCCGACGACUGGGCUCCGGGAAAGCAUCCGAACGCAGGCUGUCUUGGGAUCCAAUCUCUGCUUCCGAAGCAGCGGCUGCGGCUGGGCGCGACCAUCAGCUGGAGCGCCCUUUCCAGGAGCAAGGCUUGGAUCUGCCGGACAACUUUGACCCUCGAGUGGAGAAGACACUGUGCUUUCCUCGUGGCAUCUCCCGACAUCAAGGCAGCUGCGGUUCCAGCUGGGCUUUUGCUGCGACAGCUGUGGCCUCUUUCCGUGAAUGUCUGGUCAAACUGCACGGAGGUGAGGUGCCUGCUUCCUUGAGCUUCCUGUCAGCCCAGGAGCUCGUGUCGUGCUCCGCGCACCACGGCUGCUCCGGCGGAAGUGCCGCCGAGGCUUUCUACUACAUGAAACAGCACGGGGCGGCCAGGGAAACCUGCUCACCAUACCGAAUGCGAUGCUUCCACGACCAGUCCACAAUAUCCAUGGAGGCCGCAGACUUCAAGACAGCCGUGGCCCACACGCAGAGUUCGGAAUAUGCCACAAUGUGCCACGAGUCUGCUGAUGCGGAGACAGCCGCCUGUAAAUGCCUGCCCAAUGUCUUCCACCUUUCGGAAACGGUCGCCUGUGACCUGCUUCCCGCUGCAUGCCCAAAGACUCGUAUCCCCAGCUACUUCAAGAUCCGGGGGACUAUGGAGGGCAAUACCGUGCCAGAGUUGGAGCGACACAUGAUGCAGGAGCUGAUUACCGAUGGUCCUUUGUACGUGUCGCUCUUCCUUUAUGAGGACUUCUUUGAUCAGACCUCCUGGUCCGAAAGUGGGAUCUUCGAGCACAGACGCGGUGAUCCUCUCGGAAGGCACGGCGCCGCGCUCAUUGGCUGGGGCACGGACAUGGACAGCCGUGACUAUUGGCUGCUGCUCAAUUCUUUUGGCAUGCAGUGGCGUCAGGGAGGCUACUUCAAGAUUCUGCGUGGAGACACACCCGAACAGUUGCUGCACUACGGUGCCUGGGGUGCAGAUUUUCAGUCUACCGAAGAUGAGAGGAAGCGUCCUCCGGCAAUCUUCGCAGUGGAGGUGUCCUUCUCACCCGUUCCUCUGCGCCAUGGCAUCGCCAGCGAGCCUUUGACAGAGCUUGCGCAUGUUUGGUUGCGUGUUGCGUUUGCCACCGACGAGCGGGCCAAAGCUCUCGUCCGCCUGCUCGGACUGGCAAGCGGUAUGACAGCAGAAGUUUCAGAGAAAUCCGUGCCGGCCAACACAGUGGAACUGGGAGAAAUGGAAGGAGGUGAGGCUCACACCGUCCAGAUUGACCUCAUGAAGCACUCUUUGUUGGGUGAUCGACUUGAGCUGCGUGUUUGGGCGCUGAGCCCAGCGCCAGUCAGCGGUAGGCGCAAGUGUCGCAAGAGCUUAGUGGCUUAG